GCAAACGUGGGGUUGACCAUCAUCAUGGUGACCACGCUCUUUGUUAACUCCGAGUCGGAAGUUUUGACUCGGAGUGCUGUGGGCUUCAGACUAGGUGAACUAUGCAGUUUCUACUGUCACUUAGGAGGAAGAAGACGGACAGAGUACAUGGAGCUACGGAAUUUGGUGGCCUCAUUCUUGAUCUUCUAAAAGAGUGUCUUGGGUUUAUGACUCAGGUUCCGUGCGAGGGCUUCUCUCCGGAACGAGUGCCUGCACUCCCCAUGUUGUCUCAGCCCUGUUCAGGGAUGGAAUUAAGAGACUCAGGGACUCAUUUCGCACCCGCAGGUGAUCUCUCCAUCUCUUCUACCGGACGUUUCCGCAAAACUUACAAUCUCAUUAUGCAGAUGCCCGCUGGACUCCCACCAGCGCUGGGAUACACGUUCUUCCGCGAACAUCUAGUAGCGUUCCCUGCAUCCAGCAGUUUGAUUCACAGAAUAGCAGGUAUUACAGCAAACUUAGAUAACAUCGCCGGCAAUGUGUUGGUGGUGGAACAUGCCCGAGGGCGGAGUCUACUAGUUCGGACCAGGUUCAAGAAUCCUGCAAGUCCUUGAACCGUGGACCGGACCAAUCCUUCUAUUUCCUGAACUUUGAACCGGCCUUUUGGUCAGGUUCAACGAAACGGUUUAGGUUCGAACCGCGGUUUAGAACUGGACCCGGCCACCACUAUUGCUUAAUCAUCUCAAAUUGGCGUUAUCUUAACCUGUACUAAACGUUGUGUCUUGUAUCAGAAUCUUCCAUCUUGCCAAGAU